AGAUUCAUUUAGUCCAAAUCUAGAACAAACAUAUGGCUUUUGCAGGCUUUGAAAAAUAACAUCGUGAUUCGUGAUACAAAACAUGUGGUUGUUUAAGUUGUUUUGUGAAUAGGUUAUGUUUUGAACUAAGCCUGAAAUUUGCACUAUUUUGAAUAUGGAAAAUGACAAAGAUGAGAAAUCACAAAACUGCAGAUCUGUUGAGCUACCAAAGUCAUUCAAUGAGGUAGACGAUUCUAUUACACAACUCAAUCGUCUUGUGGAGAGAAUGAAAGAGGAAGUAAAAGGUGGAAAACUCAAUACAAGUGAUGGAAUCAGUCUCCUGGAUGUGAAGAACCAGAUGAUGUUAAGUUACCUCAUAAAUACUGUUUAUGUUGUUGCCAAAAAAUGUCACGGAAGAAGCAUUGAAGGGGAUCCUGCCAUUGAACGUUUGGUGGAGAUCCGAACCGUCCUGGAGAGAAUCCGGCCACUGGAACACAAGCUCAAAUACAUGAUGGAGAAGUUGGUCAAGACUGUCCUUACAGGAGCUACGAAUGAUAAUGAUGCUACUCGGUUCAAGUCCAAUAUGGAUAAUAUGGCUGACAAUUCGGGUGGCAGUGGUAGCGAAUCAGAGAACGAGGAGGAAGCAACAUCUCAAAAGAAGUCAGACAAAAAGUCAGGAGUGUACGUCCCACCUCGGCUGGCACCCAUGCACUACGAUGAGGAAGAAAACCAAGAGGCCCGCAAACAGAAGCAGUUGGAGAGAGCCAGGCGGAGAGCUCUGCACAGUUCGGUUGUAGAGGAGUUGAGAGAGCAGUACCUGGACACUCCUGCAGAGGUUUCUCAUGGUAACGCUCUCAAGGCCACCAUCUCCAAGCACCAGCGGCUCAAGAACCAGUAUGAGGAAGAAUACUUCACUCGUUUGCCAACAUCUAAGAAGGAUAGACAUCGAGGACGACACUCUAUGACUGUUGGGAACAUUGGAGACCAGUUGACUCACUUCGAGAACAUCUCGGUGCUGGAAGAUGAGGGGGCCUUCUCAGGACAGAAACGCAAACGCAAAUCAGGUGGCAAACCCAAACAGGGCAAAAAGAAAGGUUUCAAAAGAAGAAAGGGCCAUUCUUUUUAAAAAAUACAAGUUAUUUUAUAAAUUUU